AUGGGCAAGUCAAAACGACGUACUCAACACGCAUCUCGAGGCCAUCGCCUCAUGUCAACUCCAAUCGAAGAAGAGAGCGAGCCUCUUUUGAAUCAUACUACAGCUAAUCCACCAUCCAACGAUCAUCGGCAUGUCUUUUUUGGCCAGCCCCACCAUUAUGAAGACGUCAUGGAGUAUGAUCCUGCAACACAACGUCGAUUCACGUUAUCUCCUACUGCUAUGGAUGAUGAAGAUCGAGUAGCCAUUGAUAUGAGGCGCCGAGCAAGUGAUAUUUACGGCAUGCAACCCAACAUGAUGUACAAUUCCUCCGACUCUGCAGAUAACGCAUCAUCUCGACGCCCAUCCAUUGAAGAAGAUGUGUGCUUCAGACCCAAUAGCGAGAGCAAAUCAGAGGAAGGAAUCGAUUACGAUGGAUUGAAUGAAUAUGUCGAAAGUGAACAGAAAAAGGAGUCGAAUGGCUUUGAGAGCCAUCCAAUGCAGCCAUUGCAACAACAGCAACAACAGCAACCACAACAACAGCGACCAGCACGUGCAAGAAGACGAACAUCCUCAGCAGCAAGAAGAUAUAGUCUUUAUGGUGAUAGAAUGAAGCAUGAUUCCUUCACUGAAGACUCUGAUACAUGUCGGAUCACUUUGUUCUCGGUUGCCAAUCCUGCUUCCAUCCACGUACGCACAAUCCCAGAGAUACCCACAAAUGGCGAGCGACUUGGUGACCUUUUACAAAAAGGCUGCUUUUGGCUGGAUAUUGAAUCACCCACAGAUGCAGAAAUGAAGACAUUGAGCAAAACGUUUCAUAUCCAUCCAUUGACAGUUGAGGAUAUCAGCAUGGAAGAGCAACGAGAAAAGUGUGAAGUGUUCAAGAAUUACUACUUUAUCUGCUUUCGAAGCUUUGAGCAUGACCAAAGCUCUCCCAACUACUUGCAACCAUUGGCCUUGUAUAUCAUUGUUAUGAAAGAAGGCGUUCUCACGUUCCACUUCCGACCAAUGCCCCAUCCACACAAUGUUCGAAAGCGUAUACGCAUGCUUAAGGAUUAUAUCGAUGUAUCACCUGAUUGGAUUUGUUAUGGAUUGCUGGAUGAUAUCACCGACUCGUUUGCCCCUUUGAUUCGAGCCAUUGAAUUUGAAGUUGAUUCUAUUGACGAGCUGGUGCUUAUUCUCAAAGAAUCGGAGCAAUCGGAUAUGUUGCGAAGGAUAGGCUAUUGUCGAAAACGAAUGAUGGGAUUGCUACGGCUAUUGACAGGCAAGGUGGAUGUUGUGAAAACCUUGGCGAAAAGAGGGGAAAUCAAGCAAACGGAUGGCAAUCGACCAGCAUUGAGUAAUGAAGUUGCACUUUAUCUUGGGGAUGUGCAAGAUCAUAUCAUUACCAUGGUGCAAGCAUUGAAUCACUAUGAAAAGAUCUCAUCUCGAUCGCAUUCCAAUUACCUGGCACAGAUUUCCAUUGAGAUGACACAGACCAACAACGAGAUGAAUGAUGUCUUAUCCAAGCUUACUGCAUUGGGAAGUAUACUUGUGCCGAUGAAUCUGGUGACAGGUUUGUGGGGUAUGAAUGUGUUGGUACCAGGACAAUAUCAGGAGGAUCUUACUUGGUUUAUGUCGAUCAUGCUUUCAAUACUCGUGUUUUGCAUUGCAUCAACCAUUGUCAUGCGAUAUUAUCGGAUAGUCUAG